UCAGUGCAACCAACGCAUACAACAAAUAUCUGCGAGCGUCACUCUCGCUUUCAUUUCUGGAUUCCGACCUCCUCCCUCUUUGAACUCCCACUCAGUCACGUUCAGCCUCUCCGCCCUCUCUGGUCCCUUCCAAUGGCUCUCUCAGAAAAAACAUCGCGUCAGUCUCUGAUCCCCAGCUUCCUCUACUCUUCUUCUCUCUCCCACAAAACCCUACCUCUCGAUAAUAUCAUUCCCCCCCCUAAUCUUAACACCCUCUUCUCUCAACCCUCGUCUCCCAGUAGCAACGUCUUUGUUCCCGCCCCUAGCGAGCCUUCCAAGAAGAUCGAGAUGUACUCCCCACAAUUCUACGCCGCCUGUACCGUCGGAGGCAUCCUUAGCUGUGGUCUCACUCACACGGCCGUCACUCCCCUCGACCUCGUCAAAUGCAAUAUGCAGAUUGACCCUGCAAAGUACAAAAGCAUCUCAUCUGGGUUUGGAGUGUUGCUGAAGGAUCAGGGCAUCAGAGGCUUCUUCAGGGGUUGGGUACCAACCUUGCUUGGCUACAGUGCUCAGGGUGCUUGCAAGUUUGGAUUCUACGAAUUCUUUAAGAAGUACUACUCUGACAUUGCUGGACCUGAGUAUGCAUCCAAGUACAAGACCUUGAUCUAUCUUGCUGGUUCUGCAUCUGCCGAGGUCAUUGCAGAUAUUGCACUUUGCCCUUUCGAGGCAGUGAAGGUCCGAGUUCAAACACAGCCUGGUUUUGCUAGAGGUCUUUCAGAUGGGCUUCCUAAGUUUGUUAAAUCUGAAGGCGUUCUGGGAUUGUACAAGGGUCUAGUUCCUCUCUGGGGACGUCAGAUUCCAUAUACAAUGAUGAAGUUUGCAUCUUUUGAGGCCAUUGUGGAGAAUAUUUAUAAGUAUGCCAUCCCCACUCCGAAGGACCAGUGUAGUAAAAGUCUGCAGCUUGGUGUGAGUUUUGCUGGUGGAUAUGUGGCUGGUAUAUUCUGUGCUGUUGUGUCUCAUCCUGCUGACAAUCUUGUCUCUUUCCUCAACAAUGCCAAAGGGGCAACUGUUGGUGAUGCCGUGAAGAAGCUAGGUUUGUGGGGUCUCUUUACCCGUGGGCUUCCUCUCCGAAUUGUCAUGAUUGGAACUCUUACCGGAGCUCAGUGGGGAAUCUAUGACGCCUUCAAAGUUUUCGUGGGAUUGCCAACCACUGGGGGAACUCCUGCUGCUGCCACCACUGCAACCGAGCUUGCAAAGGUGUAGGAUUGCUGAUGAUCAACAUAAUUUUUGUCAUUUCAUGGAAGUUAGAAAAGACAUCUAUGGGGACAAAAUAAACAGAGAAUUGCGGAAUCUGUUUUGAUGGCUCCCAAGCCAGUGGGGGAGUAUUCUUUUGAAUUUGGGACUGUAUCCAAUUUUCCUAGUGUGAAGGAUGGUUUUAUUCUCAUCCUUCUGACUGCUUUAAUACUUAGUUAGGCCUAUAAUGAAUUUGCACACUGAUGUUUGGAACAUGUUUCCCCGCAAGCAUGGGUCAAAAAAUAAUGGGCGUAUUGAGUGAUACGUUGAGUUCUCUCUUU